AUGCCAACCAGUGGCUUUCUCUCGGAUCGUUUCGCACUUACAGCUCGUUGGGAACUCGAUAGCACCUUCCUAGACGGGUGUUUCGGAAAGCCCGGCCUUGGUAAGAUGCUCAAUGAAGUGGAAUAUGCGAAACGAGCUGCAGCUGUACCUGAAGAUAUCAAGCCAGGAUUCCUGCAAUUAUUCGUGACGGAAAACUAUCCGCCCUCUGUCUUGGUGCACGGCACAGCAGACGAAGUCGUUCCCGAUAAAGAAAGCGUGAAACAAUACGAACAGCUGAGGAAAUUAGACAUCAAAACAGAGCUGCUGUUAGUACAAGACGGCAGACACGGUCUCGCCGACUUCGGUUCCGGAUUCCCACCGCAGCCGGCGACAGGGUCUACAGAGGCUUACGGCAGAGCUCUGAAAUUUAUCGCGGAAGUCUUCGUAUCUAAUUCUACAAAGAAUAACGUGUCAUACCUUGAGCCGUUCUGGAAAUCUCUCAGUGCCCUUCUGGACGCGCACUCCUGA